GAGGUCCAGAGUGCGCCCAUCCAUCCAUUCAUCCAUCCGACCAUCCAUCAGCACCCUCAUCACGGCGAGCCACCGAGCAUCCAAGUGUGUGCUGUGUCCGCCUGCCUUUGUCCUUUCUGACCCGCAGUGAGCGACUCGCCGUGUUCUUGCAUCCGCUGCCCAACAGCUCCCGUCUUGGCGCCAUUGAGCUCGUAACGUCCAAGGGUGCAUCCAUCCGCACCGCCAACGUGUCCACACAACGCCUUCUUCACACUGCGAGCUCUCCAUGAGCUCAUCAAGCUCGUCCACAAUGGUCGAGGUCAAGCAACACCAGCAUCCGCAACUACCGCCCUAUCUCCGGCCACCACCUGCAGCAGCAGCGGCGGCGGCGGCGGCGGCGGUGUCCAGCAGUGGUGCCGCAUCGACAUCCGCAGCACCCUCGCCCCCUUCUUACCGCCGAGACGGCAGCCAGCAUCCGCACCAUGACCACCGCGAGCACCAUGCAGCAACACCACCACCGCCUCCUCCGCCUUCCCGCGUGCAUACAUUGGAUCUCAAGGGCAAGCUGGCAGCGGCGCUUGGCAACCACGGCAAGCAGUACUGGAAUGCAUUGCUUCACUUCUGCAGUGCAAAGAUCUCCCGCGAUGAGUUUGAGCAGCAGGCCCGGAUGUGCCUGCGUGCAGAGGAUGUCCACUUGCACAACUCCCUCGUUCUCGGCAUCCUCUACAAUGCCUCGUCCGCCGUGCCAGGCCCAUCCGCAACCCGGGGCCAAGCCGCUCGGGACGGCGCCGUAGCGGAUGCCGUUGACCACCCGGACAGUCCCGCAGCAUCCAAGUCGCUCCUCUCUGAAACUAUCCCGCCACGCAAGCGUCUUCGUCUCCUCGUCGCCUCCCUCACUUCCAACGAGAGACAGCGCAUCAAGUCGGCAGGAAAGCCGCCAGCUCGCUCCUUUGCCUCGGGGGCCCAUGCUUCGUCCUGGGCGGGGGCAGGAGCUGACCUGCUCGAGAAGCGGCGCAAGGAGGAGGACAAGAAGCAGCGAGAGGCUGAUCGCAGGAGGCUGUGCGAGCUCUACACAGAGAUUGGGGCGAAUGACUGGGUGCAGGAGGCAGUGGAGGCAGAGACAGCUACGAGCGAGCACCGGGGGAAAUUGCCCGUAUCCACGCUGCAAGCCCUCCUUCGAUCACAACGAGUUCCUCUUUGCUCCCAAUCCAAACAGCUGCCCGAUCCUGACUCACUCGGCGACCUCAUGACAUCACACGCGGUAGAGCAAGGGCUGCCAGGAGGAGUAUCAGGCGACGCCUCGGCUCUAAUGCUUUCGGGUCUUCAGGCGCACGUACAGCAUAUUGCCAGCUCCCUCAUCCUGGCAAUUCGUGCUAACCGUCCAGCAGGUGGGGUACGCAUGCCCGAGGAAGUCGACGACAGUGGCAGCAGCAGCAGCGCGGACGUCUCCAUCGACUCGUCCUCCUCCUUCUUUGGCGGCACCACUUCCCCCGCGCAAGGACAGAUGCUCCAGCUACCCGAUGGGACGACCUCGUACCCUCCCUCUUUGCGCGUGCACAGCGGGAGCAGUCGCGGGACCAGCACGGGUUCCAAUUCCGUGGCGUCGACCGCUCCCUCCUCUCUCUUCGAGACCAGUCGUGCACGAAACGGGCAGCUCUACACGGCUGACUCGAGUAUGGUGAGCUUGACCAGCACGGCGCCGACGAGUGUUGGUAACGGGAGCGAUGAUGAGGCGGCGCAUCACGAGAUUGGUAAGAAGCGAUCGAGAGAUGCCAGUGACGAAGACGAAAUGGACUUGGAUGACGAGCGCGACCGCGAAGAGCGCAGCCGCGAAGACAAGCAAGGGUCGCGACGCUACCAUGGUGGGGACGAAGGGCUCAGCACAGUGGACAGCGACCAGCACGAGCACACUCGCCAUUCAUCGGCAUCACCGACCCUACCGCAUCGUCCGCUCAUAGGCCGCUCGAGCAGGCCCACUCACUCUUCGCUCCGCCCCAAGCUCCAGCUACGCGAUGCGGCCUUCCUCUUCGACCUCUCACCGCACAUAGCCGUCGAGCCGCUGGGCGUGUCGUCUCUCGAUCGACUGAUGGGCGCAGACGCAGAGGAUGCUACGCACGAGGAGGCGGAGCAAGACGAGAACCAGCCUGAUGCCUUCAUCAAAGACGAGUCGCAAUUGGACGACGAGGCUAGACUGGCGCUUGAAGCAAGGAGAUGCGCAUUUGCCAAGAGCACAGGCGCAGACGCCGCAGCAGCAUCCUCGCACUACCUCACGGCCAGGCAGCGCUACCUCGUCAACCAACAGGGCCCGCUCACGAUGAUUCUCGAUCAGCGGAACGAGGAGACCAAGACCUCGCCGCAGAAGGCGGAUGACGAUUCAGCAGCUGCGCCCGGAAAGCGUACCCGCACCAAGGAGCCAGACCCCGUCGUGGACGUUAUUGAUCCUGUCAGGUUGUUGGCAGGGCUGUGCGAUUGACCCGCG